ACCCGGAAGCGCGCUAGUGUUUACAGCCGAGUGGAAGAACACGUGUGCGACUGCAGAGUCUUGAGUGUGUGUGUGUGUGUGAGCAGCUGUGAAAUAAACACCAUGAGAGUUGCUGCGCUGAUCAGCGGCGGUAAGGACAGCUGUUAUAACAUGCUGCAGUGUGUGUCUGCUGGUCACUCUAUCGUGGCUCUCGCGAACCUCAUGCCUCACACACAUGUUCCAGAUGAGCUGGACAGUUACAUGUAUCAGACGGUGGGUCAUCAGGCCGUGGGUCUGUACGCUGAGGCCAUGGAUGUUCCCCUGUACAGGCGCACUAUUGAGGGCUUCAGUCUGCACACGGCCAGAGAAUACAGCCAGACCGAAGGAGAUGAGGUGGAGGAUCUGUACCAGCUGCUCAAGCUUGUGAAGGAGAAGGAGCAUGUUGAGGCAGUAUCUGUUGGGGCCAUUCUGUCCGACUACCAGAGAGUACGUGUGGAAAAUGUGUGUGCGAGACUGCAGCUCCAGCCGCUGGCGUACCUGUGGCGCCGAGACCAGGCCGAGCUGCUCAGAGAGAUCAUAUCAAGUGGCCUCCAAGCCCUCCUCAUCAAAGUGGCAGCGUACGGCCUGGAUCCAGAGAGACAUUUAGGAAAAUCCCUGGCGGAGAUGGAAGCGUAUCUGCACGAGCUUUCAGAGAAGUAUGGAGUUCAUAUCUGUGGAGAAGGAGGCGAGUAUGAGACCUUCACCGUUGACUGCCCGCUCUUCAAGAAGAAGAUCGUCAUUGACUCGAUGGAGACGGUCAUCCACUCGGCCGAUGCCUUCGCUCCUGUUGGAUACCUGCGCUUCACACGCAUGCACACGGAGGACAAGAGAGAAGGCUCCGGAGGGCGGCCUCUGCCUCUCAGUAGAUGUCCUUGCCAGAACGCCAUUGACAGCAUGACAGAAGAGCUGGAAUAUGCUGAUAAAACUCCAGACGUCCAGGGAGGAUGUCCAUCAAACGCUGAGCGCAGUUGUCAGUCGGAGCUGGGUUGUCUGCCGUCACACUCGUCCAGGAGUUCAUCAGGUUACCAGUGGAUAUCCGGUCUAACAGCGCUUCAGUCCGAACACCCAGACAUCCAGAGCCAAACCCGGCACGUCUUCACACUCCUGCAAAGGCAGCUGCAGGAGAACGGUCUGCUGAUGAAGCACGUGCUCCUGGUUCAUCUCUACGUGAGCGACAUGGAGAACUUCAGUCAGAUCAACUCUGUCUACUGCACCUACUUCACUCACAAUCCUCCAGCCAGGGUCUGUGCUCAGGUGUGGCUCCCGGUCUCUCAGCAGCUGCGGAUGGACGUUCUGCUUCAGGACGGGACGGUGGUCUGCGAGGAGGACGAUUUUCCUCAGAGAGACACGCUUCAUGUCCAGAGUCUGUCCCACUGGGCCCCGGCCAACAUCGGGCCCUACAGUCAAGCCGUGCAGGUGCGGGAGGCGGUGUUCUGCGCGGGACAGAUCGCUCUGGUGCCCUGCUCCAUGCAGCUGGUGAAGGGGCCGGUGGCUCUCCAGGCUCGGCUCUGCUUCAGUCACAUGGAGAAGGUUCUGUGUGCGAUGGACUCCAGACUCACACUGGCUCACGUGCUGCAGGCGCACAUUUAUAUCACUCACCGUGAACACGCCGCAGCCGUCACAGAGGCCUGGAACACCAAACUACAGGACGUCCAGGUGGAGAGCAGCGUUGCGGUCGUGCCGUCGUUACCCAGAGGAGCAGCGGUGGAGCUGCAUGUCACGGCUGUGCUGGACCGUCCCACAGACAGAGCGUCUCAUCUCUCCGUCUCACAGAUCCCGGGGUGCAGCGUCGAGUGCCGUCUGCUGCAGUCCAGCUGCGCUCGAUACGCCUCUCUGUCUCUCAGCGUGUGUUUGAGCGAUCCUCACGCAGCAGCCGAGAGCGUCACCGAUCAGCUGCUGUCUUCAUACCGGAGCGCUCUUCUCAAGACCACCGGUCUCUCUGCUCUGUGUGCCAGAGUUUUCUAUAAGAGCCACAACUCGCUCGUCACUCAGAUCGCCACAGGGUUGCAGGCUCUGGAUCGCUGCGGUGCUGCUGUGGCUCUGGUUCCUGCUGAAGAUCUGCCGGAUCGGUGUGUCCUCCGCGUCUCCUGCUGGCUCAGUGUGUAGCAGACCUUCUCUGACUGCAUCAGAUUGUUGAUCUCGAGCUCAGAUUGAGUCCAUGACGCCUGUAAUCUAUGAUGCUCUCUUUGUGUUAUCAAAUGCAUGCAUAUUUGUGUUUGUUAAAGGGUUCAUUCACCCAAAUGAUGGUUCUGUCAUUCAUGUCAUUCCAAACCUUUCGUUCUUGAACACAAACACAAGUGCAUGCUUCUCUUUUCCCUUCAGUGGAAUUGUAUAGCAGUUUUUUCUUCCCCCAGCUAAAGCAGUUUUGUUAGUGAAACAGCUUGUAAACAAUGUCAUGUAAUGUCACAUUUUCCUCAUGAAAGACAUUCAAUGUCCAUAAACAAAAAUAACUAGAGAGGAGCAUUUUGAUAAAUUACUAGUGCUGUCGAGCGAUUAAUCG